UUGAAAAUGUUGUAUGUAAAAACUUCAGUUUGGAAAUUGAGCUAACAGAGAAAUACACGUGUUCUAAGCAAACCUGGAUUGUGUUAUUUCCUUAGCAUUUCUAGUUUUCCUGCUUAUCUUACAUGGUGUCAGAAAGCGACCCACGAUGGCUAACGAACAGGAAAAUGCAAUGGAGGAAGUUGCAGGAGCUGUGGGAGGAUCCACAGUGAAGAUUCGUCAGCCGGGGGAGUUGAGGUUAGGUCAACCUCAAAUGAAUUCUGUCUGGAGGAAAUGGGAAAAAGCGUAUAAUUUUUACGCAAAAGCUACCAAACUCGAUAAACAGGAGCCUGAGGUGCAAGCUGCCGCAUUCAUGUCUAUCAUUGGGGUUGAAGUGGAAGAAAUUUAUGAAAAUUUCGGACUUUCAGAAGAUGAAGCCAACGAUGUGAACAUCCUGAUGACAAAGUUCCGGGAGUAUUUCAACCCUAAAGGCAAUGAAGUUUAUGAGACAUAUGUGCUCAGGAAGAUGCAGCAGGUCUCUGAUGAGUCUAUUAAUGACUUUGUGACCAGAGUUACUACCCAGGCAAAGAAUUGCGGUUACCCGGUGAGCAUGUUGGAUCGCAUAAUACGAGAUCAAUUGGUAAUCGGGGUGAGCAGCAAGGUUGUCCAGGAGAAACUAUUGGAGUCUGAGAAUCUUACACUGGAGAAGGCUGUAAGAAUGUGCAAAGCACAUGAGAAAGCAACCAAACACACACAAGCAAUUUCUGAAGAAAGUUCCUUAGUGGCUGUAGUGAAAAAGAAGACCCCGAGUGAGGCUAAAGUGAAGUUGUCUGAGUGUAAACAGUGUGGUGCAAGUCAUGCAGUCGGGAAAUGUCCUGCUUCCCAAAGGAAAUGUUUCAGAUGCAAUGAAACGGGACAUUUCGCGACUACAUGCAAAAAGAAAAAGACCAAAAAAGUGAAAAAGAUUCAGAAGGACGAUCAAAAUAGUGAUAAAAGUGAAGAAACUGAUGAAGAAGACUUCGUGGUAGACCAUUUGAGAGUAUGGUCAAUUCGUGGAGGAAGUGAUAAAGACAUCUGGAAGGAAACCAUCGACUGCCACGGGCAAAAAUUAGUGGUGAAAAUUGAUACAGGUGCGGAGUGCAAUGUGAUUUCCACUAAAGUGUUGAGGAAGUUUCCGGACGUCGAGGUGGUGCCGUCAAAAGUGAAAAGGCUAGUAGCUUUUGAUGGAGGGGUUAUUAAAGUUCUGGGAAAAGUGAAACUUUCGUGCAAAGUUAAGAAAUCUGAGCAAGAUUUCUGGUUUCAAGUUAUAAGUGGGGCACAGAAGACAAUAAUGGAUGGAAAAUCUGCGAUCAUGGCCGGACUUUUGGCACGAAUUGAAGGAUUGAAUGUCGCAAAGGAUGUCUUUGAUGGAUUAGGAUGCGUUAAGGGGUUUGAAUACGACAUCGAUCUAAUAGAUAAUCCCCAGUUUACGAUACAUCCAGCUCGUUCAAUACCAUAUGCUAUACGAAAUGAUGUCAAAAAGGAGUUAGACACAAUGGAAAAGCUAAAUGUUAUUGAACGGUGCAAGGAGGCCAGUGAUUCAGUCGCGCCGUUGGUCGUUGUAAGAAGAAACGGAAAAUUGCGACUGUGCAUCGAUUUGACGGACGUAAAUAAGAACGUGAAAAGGCGCCAUUUUCCGUUGAGAGGAAUCGAAGAGAUUUCUGCUCGAGUCGCAGGAAGUACCAGGUUCACUUUGUUAGAUUGCACUAAAGGGUUUUGGCAGAUCCAGCUUACCCAAAGGACGUCAAAAAUUCUUACAUUUUCCACUCCAUGGGGCAGAUACUCGUGUAAAAGGAUGCCAUUUGGGCUGGCAUCUGCUCCGGAAGUUUACCAGUGCUUGAUGAUGCAAUUGUUGGGGGAUAUUCCGAAUGUAGAGGUCUCCAUGGAUGAUGUGCUGAUACAUGCGGCCACUAGUGAGGAGUUACAAGAGACAACUCUGAAAGUCAUCGAAACAUUGAGAAGCAGUGGGCUGAAACUCAAUAAGGAAAAGUGUGUUUUUGACAAAAGCUCGGUGAAAUUCUUGGGUCAUAUCGUAUCCGAGGAGGGUUUGAAAAUUGAUCCAGCAAAAGUGGAUGCCAUUCAAAGGUUGAAGGUUCCAGAGGACAAAAAAGCACUUCAACGGUUCUUGGGCAUGGUGACUUAUUUGGAAACACCAGUACAGAAUGACGUACCGGCACUUCAUGAAAGGGUUGUGAGAGGUCCAAAGAACCAGGCAGAAGGUUCUGUUGGAAGGAGUGGUGAUGGAGAGGCAGGUGGGCCUGCCCAACCAGAAGCGUCAACAAGGCCUAUACAGGAAAGAGCGAGCACUGCAUCACGGCUAGAAUCUUCUGCAAGUCCAUCUCUGGUAACAACUCGUUCUGGAAGAGUUGUAAAGAAGCCCAUCAGGCUAGAUCUUUAAAUUUGAAUACUUUUGCCCUUUGCCAAUAUUUAAAAUGCAUUGCUUACUUUGAUUCCUCUAAAAUUUGAAGUUCCUUUAUUUUUCAAACUUGAAUUUAUUAUAAAAAGGGAAAGAUGUAAAGUUGGUAGCAUUGAAAAUGUUGUAUGUAAAAACUUCAGUUUGGAAAUUGAGCUAACAGAGAAAUACACGUGUUCUAAGCAAA